UGGGUAGUUGUUUAAUUUUCUUGGGUUUGAAGGACAAGUGUAAGCACCGACACAAAGCGUUACUUCUUCAUUUGAGAGACUGUCUUGGGACUGUUAAUGGCGGCAUCUCUUGGCUCUGCAUUUCUAAAACUGAAAUGGGGUGGCCAGCAUCUCCGUUCAGCUGAGAGGACUAAAUUAGAGCCUUUUCAUUGAAAUUCUUGGAGGAGAAAAUAGAAGUGAAAGACCUGUACCUCGCAUACUAUUGAAGUCUUAGGAUAAAGUAUUGGUCUAUGGAAGACCUAUCGAGGCUGAAACUAAAUUCAAGAGACCAGCAAUCUCUAGGAACUUCUGAGACUGUAACAACUCGAGCAAGGCAAAGUCUGACUCUGCAUGACAGGCUCAAAACGGAAAGGGCUACUUUGUUAUAUACUGAUCUUUGUCAUCAAUAUAGAGAGAAUAUAAGACAUAUCUCUCCUAAACGUUCAGGAGACUUCCUGAAGCAAUGUAGGAAGGCAACACAAGAAGAGGAGCUUGUCAAGUAUAUGUCGCAUUUGCCAAGUUAUCUGGAGAGAGGAGAAUAUCGCCAGGAGAAAGUUUUAAAUGUUGGUGUUCUUGACUGGGGUCAAUUAGAAAAGUGGCAGUGUAGCCAGAAACAAAUAUGGCAGAGAAGUAGCAGGCCUUCACUAUCAAAUGGUAACUCAUCCUCAUCCCUAUCAACAGAAGGAUCGUCUGUCAACUCUAGUAGUUGUCAAUGUCAUCCUGCUCAUCAAAGGUUGCAUCGCCCAUCACUGAAAUUCCAUUUGAUGUCAUCUCCUGCAGAAGUCAAGUCACAAGACGGCAAAUCAUUUGAAGAAAGUAGUAAAAAAGUUCAACAUGUCAAAGGUGUCCAGACUAACACUAUGAAUGAGCAAGAAUCUGUCAGAACAGAUAGACCUUUUUCCACAAAGUUUGCUGAAAUCAAACUGGAUAGUUGCAGUAGAAAAAAUUUGGACUUAAAGAUCAAUCCCAAAAGUGGAACUUUUAAUGGGGCAAAUUUUGAAGCAAUGCAGAAAUUGAAGGUAAAGACAUAUACAAGAGAUGGUGAAUAUAUGAAGACGGUGAAUAAAUUGCAAGGACAGAAGGCGUAUGCUACUGAGAAAGAUGUCUCCGAGAAUACCAGAAGAGUAGUUCUGCAUUCAAGAGAUCUUUUUCAAGGUGACCGUUCCCAGCUUUCUGAGUCGAUAACAAUGUCAGGUCGUGAGGGAGCAGAAGCAAGUCGACGGAGCUUUUCAGAGAUGCCUGAAAGUAGCCCUGAAGUGGUCAGCUCUGAUGUCCCACACUCUUGCCCACUGAUUUGUGAGAAUAGUGGAUGCACGGAUAUAAAAUGGUGCUUCUCCGAUGUGGAGAGUGCCAGCCUUUUGCCUGAUUCAUCUCAGUCAGUACCACAUCCUACAAAAAGAGGAAUUAGUCCUUCCCAUAAUAGAAUAUCAGAGAUUAAAAAAUCAAGUAUAGCACCAAUAACUUCAACUUCAAAAGAUCCUUCUACAGGAUUGGAGCUGAAUUUGAGCAAAGCAGCUGCUGAAAAACCAAGAAGCAUUUCACCUUUUCGCCGACUUACCAUUGGUAUUGGCAGGAUGAGCAAAAGUUUCAAUUCCAAAGAUGAUUCAUCUCUGCCACGCUUGAGCACAGCCCGAAGUUUUGCAAAAUCUACUACAGAGAAUGCUAUGCCUCCCUCUUUCCAGAGUACUUCAAGUGAUAUGCAAAAUGCUACAAGCAGAGCCAGGUCAAGCCCUUUGAGAAGGUUACUGGACCCACUAUUGAAACCUAAGGCGCCAAACUGCCAUCAAUCAGGGGAGCUAUUGCAACAAGAUUCAGUAUUAAAAGAAAGAGUCUGCAAGUCGUCCAGAGGACAAGUAGAUUCUUCUAUUGGAGCAAGACAGCCAGGGAUUGUAAAAUUAGACAUUGCAAGUUGUCGGGAAAUCAACAUUGAUGAUUCAACUCAGGGAAAGAAAAGUGGUACAUCAGCAUUUCAAGCUUUUCUACAAGUUGCAACUAAGAAUGGCCAGCCUGUUUUCACAUUUGCAGUUGGCAAUGAACGGAAUGUUCUUGCAGCCACUAUGAAGAAGUUGAGUAGCUCAAGAGAGGAUGACUAUAGCUGCAUAUACACAUUCAUUGCCUUUAAAGAUGUCAGGAAGAAGAAUGGGAGGUGGAUAAACCAAGGUGGCAAAUACAACAGUCAUGAUUAUAUUCCUAAUGUUGUAGCACAGUUGAAGGUUUCUGGUUCUCAAUUUUCCCAAUCUUUUACUAGAGAAUUUGUUUUGUUUUCUGUGGACCUAAGACAAGCAGAACAGCAAACAUUAGGCCUCGAGGCAAAUGAUGAGCUUGCUGCUAUUGUAGUCAAGAUUCCAAAAGUCAUUAAUAAAUGUACAAGCCGAGAUGGGCAUCGGUCUAGCAAGUGCACUGAUUUUCCAGAUGUGAGAUAUGAUUCUACUUCUGGGGAACAUUGUAUGAUUAAUGUUCAAAGCCUUAUAAGUACGACAGUGAUUCUUCCAAGUGGUGUUCAUAGUCUACCAAAUAAAGGAGGGCCCUCAUCAUUGAUCCAGCGGUGGAGAUCAGGUGGUUCAUGUGACUGUGGAGGUUGGGAUUUGGGUUGCAAACUUAAGAUUUUUGCCAAUGACAGUCAACAUAUUAAGAAAUCUUGUUCAUCCAAACCUUGUGCCAUAUCAGAUAAAUUUGAGCUAAUCUCUCAGGGCAGCGAAGAAGAGAACCGACCUGUCUUCAGUUUGGCCCCGUUCAAGGAUGGAAUCUAUUCAGUUGAGUUCAAUUCAUCACUUUCAAUUUUACAAGCCUUCUCCCUGUGCAUAGCAGUUCUAGACAGUAAAAGAUUAUGUGAGACCUUGGAAUCCAGCAACUUGAAUGAAGGCAAAACUUCUCUUGAAACCAUAUUAGCACAAAAUGAUGGAAUAAGAGUGGCCCCAAAUGGAAAUGAUGGGGAGGUGCCUGCAAGAUAUGUCUCAAAUCCACCCCAUUCUCCAGUAGGAAGGGUCUAGUUUUCAUGAGGAAAUGGUCUUGUAAUUACACAAGUGGUACAGAUAGAUAAAUAGCAAGUACAUGAAUCCUGCAAUGAAAACCUUGUAUCAUGGAUAUAAAAGGGUAAAGGGAUAAUAAGCUUAGAAUCUCCAAUAACCCUGAAAGCAUUGUAUUCUAUAUUAGUCUUUUGGAGAUCUUUUUUGACAAUAGAAGCAGUAUUAACUGUACUUAGAGAAAUACUAUAUCUCCAUCAAUGUAAGUGUGCAUAUAAUGAGUGAAUGAUAUUUGCCUUUUCUUAAUAACACUUGAUUUCCCUUGCUCAA